UCAAUGACCCAACCAACAUCAACCAUUUUCAUCCAACGUUAUAUGCUACAAUGGCAUCUCACUCGCCAAUAUUGCAAAUAAAAUGCCUGGCUCUAUACCCCACGACAUGGACUGCGAUGUGGCUGAGGAGGAGACUUCGCAGCAUCAUUCGUUAGAUGAAAAUACCAACAACACAGGCGCACCAACAAACUUGCAAAUUCUCGAGGUCAGGGAAAGACUGAAGAAGCACAAAAAGAGUGAUGACAACCAUUUGAAAAUUCUUUUCACACAAGAUGACUUUGCCUCAACUUCAACAGCAGCGUCCCAAGGAACCCAAUCCAGCAAUGCACUUCUGCGAGAAAAAGGCAUCCACUCCUACUCGUUUUCACCCAAGGAAUUAAAACAACCAUCUUUCAUUCUGAGAGGUCUGGCUGCUAACACUGAAAUGGAAGAUAUAAAGGUGGAGAUAGAUGAAGUUGUCCCGAAUACAAUUGCAAAAGUUAUGAACUAUAAAAAUCAAAGGAAUACAGUUACAAGUCUGUUUUUAGUUUCACUAUUGCCGGGGAAAAAGCUUUCUGAUAUCUCAAAUGUAAGAACUAUACAAUACCAAAUUGUUUCUUGGGAAAAACCAAAAAAAAAAUUCCGAAAUUCAAUGCAGAAGGUGCCAACGGGGGGACACAUCUCAAAGAAUAGCAAUUCAUCUUAA